AUCACAUGCUGUCCUACAGCAGAGCAGGUAGACACACAGGAAGAGGGGGAAGCAUGUUUUUUACGACCCUGCUCUGUCUGCUGUUACUGCGGCCUGGCCUAAGCGCUCUAAUGAGAUCUCCAUUGGACGAGAAGCUGUUUAAUCACCCCUCCAGUCCAAGAGACACAGUUUAUUCUUAUGACUCUUCUCCUGAUGCCUCUGAGGGUGUGCGGCUGCCUCGUUCAGCCGCGAUGCCUGAUAUCACCCACCUGGAGCUGCUGGUGGUGGUGGGACCUGAUGUCCAGCAGGUCCACAAGCAGGAUACAGAGAGAUACAUCCUCACCAAUCUCAAUAUUGCGUCAGAGCUGCUGCGAGACAUGACCCUGGGCGCCAACAUGCGCGUGCACCUGGUCCGCAUGAUCAUCCUGUCGGAGCCAGAGCCAGAGAUCCAAAUGUCUACCAACAUCACGUCAUCUCUCAGAAGUGUGUGCGACUGGAGCAGGAGGAUAAACCCCUCCAACGACACAGACCCGCUUCAUGCUGACCUGUUGUUAUACAUCACUAGGUAUGACCUGGUGUUGCCUGAUGGGAACAAGCUGGUCAGAGGAGUAGCACAGCUGGGCGGGGUUUGCUCCAGUGAAUGGAGCUGUGUGAUUGCAGAAGAUACAGGCUUUGACCUGGGCAUAACCAUCGCUCAUGAAAUUGGCCACAGUUUUGGUAUCAACCACGAUGGAGUGGGGAACCCCUGCGGCAGGAGUGGCUUCAUGAUGGCCUCUAACGGAGGCUACAACAGUGUGGAUCUGACCUGGUCUUCGUGCAGCAGACAGCAGCUGCUCUUGUUCUUCAGUGAAGGGAAGGCUACAUGUGUGACAGACCUGCCUGUAAUGGCAGACUCCCUACAAGACUGGAAGCCUGGUCUGUACUAUGGAGUUGAUGACCAGUGCAGAAUAGCCUUUGGUAGCACUGCCAGAGCCUGCUCUUUCACCAACCCUGACCUGCCAGCUUGUCGUGUCCUGUCCUGUCACAUCAACCCUGACGACGACAGCUCCUGCAAACGUCUCCUGGUCCCACUGCUGGACGGGACAGAGUGUGCACCACACCAGUGGUGUCUGAAGGGUCGCUGUGUGUCCCCGGAUGAGCUCAGCUCCUCUGUGGUGGUGCACGGCUCCUGGUCCAGCUGGUCAGAGUUCUCCCGCUGUUCACGGACAUGUGGUGGGGGAGUCACUCAUCGCACACGGCAAUGCAACAACCCCAGGCCUGCUUUUGGAGGGAAUGAUUGUCAGGGUCUGUAUAUCGAGGCUGAACUUUGUCACCAGCAGCCAUGUAAGGGCACCCAGCUAGAUUUCAUGGCAGAACAGUGUUCGAUGACAGACCUCCAGCCGCUCUACCUGCUCCCAAACACUGCCUCCUUCUACACAUGGAUCCCUGCUGUAGGCUUUGCACAAGGGGAUGAGCAAUGCAGAUACAUGUGCCAGUCAGAGGGAGAGAACUUCAUGGUGAGCCGUGGCUCUCAGUUUGCGGAUGGGACUCGCUGUGAGUCAGACAGUCCACCUGCCUUCGGCUCUACAGCUGCUUGUCUGAGAGGGAAAUGCCAGCUGUUUGGCUGUGACGGUGUGCUGCAUUCUGGGAAAGUGUGGGAUGAGUGUGGGGUGUGCGGUGGAAAUGGAUCGUCCUGCACUUUGACCUCUGACUCCUACACUGCUGGUCAGGCCAGAGGGUACACCACCUUCCUCUCUGUGCCAGUGAAUGCCACGCAGGUUCAUAUUGUAAACAGGGCACCUCUCUUCACGCACAUGGCUGUAAUGGUUGGGAGUCGGUACGUUGUGUCCGGAUCCGGCAGCAUGGCGCUGAAUACGACCCAUCCCUCCCCAGUUGAUGACAACCACCUAGAAUACCGUCUUCACCUGACCCCUGACUUUUUGCCUGCGAUGGAGGAGCUGCUGCUUCCUGGACCGCUGCAACAGGAGAUCAUCGUACAGGUUUAUCGCAAAUAUGGAAAAGAAUAUGGCGAGAGGACAAAUCCAAACAUUAGUUACCAGUUCUAUCUUCCCACCAGAAACAGUUACUCGACAAUCGUCACACCUAAAGGCAAAUGGGUUGUCUUUACAACACCCUGCUCUGUCUCCUGUGGAUCUGGUGUACAGACACUUGUAUAUGUCUGUGCAGAUGAAGAUAGCAACAGCCAUUUGGAGGAACACAACUGUGAGACACCCACGUCGCCUGUACCACUCCAAACAAUCUGUCAGCUCUCACCCUGUCCCCCCAGUUGGGAAACAAGAAAAUAUGGGCCCUGUAGUGCCGCCUGUGGUGGAGGAGAGAGGGUGCGUCCUGUGAGAUGUGUUCAGAAACAAGGAGCUGAUGUGGUGACUGUUCCAGAUUCUGAAUGUUCACCUGACACAGCGCCACCUGCUGUGGAAAGAUGUAACCUACAAUACUGUCCUGCCAGAUGGCGUGUGUCAGAACCAGGGGAAUGUUCAGCAGUGUGCGGGCCAGGAGAAGCCAACCUGACUGUGUCAUGCAUCCGUCCAGAAGCUGGUCAGGAUGUUGAAGUGGAUCACAGCUUCUGUUCAAAGCAUAUCAAACCUCCUGAUUCGGCGCCAUGUGUGGUGGACGUUUGUCCCAUCGGGUGGGACGCUGAGGGAGAAUCCCGGCCCAUGCUGAAGUCUGGUUUGCUGCCCCGCUCCAGACAACUUCCGGUGUAUGUUUGGAGCCCUUUAGUCAGCCAGUGCUCAAAGACCUGUGGCAAUGGAACCCUGCAGGUGUGGUUUUCCUGUGUGGACCACCAGAGCAGACUGGGGGUGCCGGACUUCCGCUGUGAUGCUUCUUCCAAACCUCCUCCCCAGUCUGAGCUCUGCAGCCCCUCUCUCUGCCCUCCCAUGUGGCGCUCUAAGCAAGGAGUCUGCAGUGUAACGUGUGGAGGAGGGGUGGCCAACAGGGUGCUGUACUGUGCUCUGGAAGCAGGAGAGGAGGAGGAGGAGGAGGUUGUGGAGGAUUCAGAGUGUAGUGACUCUCUCAAACCCACAGCAGUGGUUUCAUGUAACACCCACAUCUGCCCAGCAAGGUGGAAGUUGUUCAGGACGUCACCCUGCUCUGUGUCCUGCGGGUUGGGUGUAGCCAAGAGGAUUGUGUCCUGUGUCCAGUUUGUCCAUGGCAAGGAGAGUGUGGUGCCAGUGGGAAACUGCCAUGAAGUGGUCAAACCGGCCACCACGGUGCCCUGCCUGGUGCAAAUCUGCACCUUUAGGUGGGAGGUGAAGUCGUGGAGCCAGUGUUCAGUACCCUGUGGAUAUGGGAUCCAGUCCAGACCAGUGUCCUGCCUGGGCCCCUCCAAGCCAGAGCCCCUCAGCCCUCUGCUUUGCAUGCAUAUGCCCAAACCCAUCACCAUCCAGGGCUGCAACAUGGGCAGCUGCGUAGAAGUGUCGCCCACCGCCGCUGCAACGCAGGCUGUCCCGAUGGUUGACCUCACAGAUGGGCCUCUGCUGUCUCCCACAAGUCCAACAGAGGCCAUUGUUUUCCCACAGACCACAACAGCAGCCACCCCAACCCCUAGAGGCAUAAGCUCUUUGACUCCCGACCCAUUUGCAGUGCGAGUUGGUUGCAGAUGCAGGGUUAACGGUGUGUGCUCUUUUCCAGGUGCAUGUGGACAGCUACUCCUGGAGGAAUCGGGCACAGUGGAUUUGAAAAACGUAACCACCCGCUGCACAGUUUCCAUAGGUCGACCUCUGGAUGAGGUUAUUCACAUUAGAGUGGAAUCUAGCUCCUUGAAUUGCAGAAAAAAGGAGUAUGUGGCAUUUUUUGACCGAUUGGCAUUUGUGAGGAAGUGUGAGCAGGUUGCAGGUAGUGAGCUGACCACGAGAACCAACGUCCUGCUGGUUCGUCAAAAUAUGCUCACUCCUGGAAGUGGAAUUGUGUUCAGCUACACGUCACAGAAAAACCUGAAGAGGAGCCACCAUCAGGACUGUGAUAUUCAGCUGUUCUCCCCCAGCGGUGACAUUGAGAACCCAACGACUUCCAGCACCAACCACACCUGUCGAGUGCUCAUCAACGCCCCUCCCUCUGUGAAGAUCAGAGUCCAAGCCCUGCACAUUGGAUUAGCAUUCAACGCCACCAACUCGCAGUCUACAUACAUUAUGAUCCGGGACAUGGACAUCUUAAAGACCAACGUGUUUAAAGGUCAACAGCUGUUUCUGUGGCAUUCCUCUGGAAAUAUGGCAGAGAUUGAGUUUCAUGGAGACUACCUUCAUUCUAAAGGAAGCUUCAGAGCGGAAUAUUCCUUUAUGAGUCCUGGAUAUUAAUUUAUAAAAAAUACCUGGAGGAGCUUUUGAUUUUUAUGUUUCACAUAUCUGUGGCUUAAAAUAUGUAUUUAAAUUAUAUGUUGAGAGAACAAAAUCCUUCAAAACUUGAUUUUCAUACUUCUGUGAUAAUUAUAUUGACAUGAAUAAAUGAACAAAACAAACCAAAACACUCAA